CCAGUUCCGAGUUGUCGCCGUCCUUGCCAUCCUCACUCGUCCUCGCACCGAGUUCGUGUCGCACGGGAGUUUGAAACUUUGAGCAGCCGAGCGGAGUCGUCUUGAAGAUGUUUUCAGAGCGACAAAACAACAGAAAGAGGGUGAUGGAACUUAUGGACAAACCGGAAAAUAAAAACUGCGCCGACUGCGGAGCGGCAGAUCCCGAGUGGGCAUCGUACACGCUGGGUGUGUUUGUGUGCCACAGUUGCUCAGGCCUCCAUCGAAACAUCGCCCAGAUCAGCAAGGUCAAGUCUCUCCUGCUGGACCCGUGGACCAUGGCACAAUUGGAGUUGAUGGAGUCUGUGGGCAACCACGUGGCCAAGGCCAAAUACGAGCAGACCGUGCCCGCCUUCUACUACCGGCCCGCUCACAAAGACUGCGCGCUCCUGCGUGAGCAGUGGAUCCGCGCCAAGUACGAGAGGAAGGAGUUCGUGCCCGGCGGGACGCAGGAAUCCUACUCGGCAGGCUACCGGGAGGGGUUUCUAUGGAAACGAGGCCGAGACAACGGCCAGUACCUCAGCCGAAAAUUCAUCCUGUCCGAAAAAGAGGGCGUGCUCAAGUAUUUCAACAAGCAGGAUGGGAGAGAGCCUAAAGCGAUAAUGAGCGUCGGGACGCUGAACGCUAGUUUCCAGCCGGCUAAAAUCGGCACAGCCCACGGGCUUCAGAUAACCUACUUGAAGGACAACAGCACCCGCAACAUCUUCGUUUACCACAAGGAUGGCAAGGAAAUGGUAGACUGGUUCAACGCCAUCCGAGCAGGCAGAUUUCGCUACCUGCAGGUGGCUUUCCCCGGAGCUCCCGCAGCUGAUUUGUUGCCCAUGGUAACCAGGGACUACGUAAAGCAGGGCUUCAUGGAGAAGACCGGUCCCAAGCACACGGAGGGUUUUAGGAAGAGGUGGUUCGCCAUGGAUGACAGGAGGCUCAUGUACUUCAAAGAUCCACUGGAUGCCUACGCACGAGGCGAAGUGUUCAUCGGCGCUAAGGAAAACGGCUACAGCGUCCUGCCGGGCCUCCCGUCGGGCGUUCAGAGCUCCCACUGGCAGUUCGGGAUCACCGUAGCGACGCCGGACAGGAAGUUCGUUCUAGUGUGCGAGAGCGAGCGGGAUCGGACGGACUGGAUGGAGACGUUUCAGACGGUCGUCGGCAGGCCGAUGCUACCUCAAGAGUACGCGGUGGAGGCCAAUUUUAAGCACAAACGGUGACUUUUCGGUUCCUUGAAGAAGGACUUGUGUCGCCGGACGAGGAGACGAACUCGAGGAGCCGUCGAAGGAGCAAUUCUUCCCUUCUUCGCACUCGACGUUCGCACUAUGAGCAACAAAAUGCGUGAGAACAAGAUGUUCCCGAUCGGGCAACUCCAAUACAGACUCGCUUAUUUUUUACACGCUUGCUAUUUGGAUUUUACUAUUUGAUGUCAGUGUAAUUACAAAAAAAAUACAAAUAAAAAUCUAAUUCUUGUACCGAUCCAGUAGGGGGAGACAGAGUACAAGUUUGAAAUGUUCUCACGUUGGCUUCACUCGUUAUUGUUGCCAUGGUAAAUGAUUUUCUAAUUUUGUACAAAUCUGCUAGCGCUAAUUUGCAUUUAGAGGCCCCAUCUCCACAUAAUUUUCAAAACUGUGCUGCACAGGGAACUGGUUCACAACAUGCAGUCAGUCCCCACACUUAACCUGUGCCUCUGUAGUGUUGCCCUUUUGGUUAGCAACAGAGUUCAAAUGGGCUCAGCGAUUAUAGCAACUUGUUAAUGAGUGCAUCUUUGGGUCUAAGUAUUUAUUUGUUCAAGGGGGGUGGGUAUUAUUUGAAUAUUUAAUAUGCUGGCUCCCAUUUGAAGUGAAAGCGUUAACCUCGCGCUCCUGUU